GGAGUUGUAGUUCUACCCCCCCCCCCCCGCCCCAAUUGAUGCUGCGGACUACAUUGCCAUCAUGGCAAGCGAUUAUCCCCGCCAUGGCCUUGUAAGCCGCCUUGAGUCCCUUCCGGGUUUUUCCAGAUCCGCCAAUGAAGAGCUGAUUCUCCCAGAGGAAAGUGAUGGCUGCGAAGCAGGGAACGUGGAGAGCGAUUCGGAGGAGGAAGAAGAAGAAGAGGAGGAGGAAGAGGAAGAAGAGUGGGAUACAGAUCUAGAAAUAGAAGACCCAAAGAAGUCGUACGACCUGGCCGGGAGAGCCAAAUACCUCAAUACUUGCCAAACAUUUCAGGUGGUUCCCGUCUCGUAUUUUGUGCGGCACAUGAAGGAUGCCGAACUGACCCUGAAGCACCAUGGCCUCAACCCAAAGGCCGCCAAAGCUUUGGCCCUUUCCUUGACAAACAACACCUCUGUUGUGAAGCUAAACCUGAGCGACAAUUGGUUGGAUGGAGAUGGCGGAACCGCCGUUGCAGAGAUGUUGAAGGAGAACUACUAUAUCACAGAUGUUGACUUAUCGGAAAACAAACUCGGAGAGAAAGGUACAAAGGCUCUCUCGGCGAUGCUUCGGGCCAAUGCCACGCUUUUGACCCUGACGCUUUCCGGAAACCAACUUGACGACUGCGCGGCCAAGUAUCUCGCAGACGCCGUGGCAGCUAACAACAAAGUGGAGGCCUUGGAUCUGAGUCACAACAUGUUUGGAGAGGCGGCAGGGAAUGUUCUCGGAGCAGCGAUUGCAGAAAACGUUGGCCUGAAGGAGCUCAAUCUCAGCUGGAACUCCAUUCGGGGCCAAGGAGCUGUGGCAGUCGCCAGAGGCUUGGGGGCCAAUAUAUUUCUCCGGGUGGUUGAUCUUGCCUACAACGGCUUUGGCAACAACGGGGCGGCAGCUCUGGGUGAAGCCCUGAAAGUCAACAAUGUGUUGGAAGCACUCCAUGUCAGCAAUAACCGCAUUUCGCUGGAAGGAGCCCUCUCACUCGCCUUGGGCCUGAAGGAAAACAAGACUCUGAAAAGCCUCAGUAUGGCCAGGAACCCUAUCCAAAACGAGGGCUGCAUCGGGAUCCUCAAAGCCCUCCGAGCCAAUCCAGGCACAGCUUUAGAGCUUCUGGACUUAUCGGAAAUUGUGGUGAAGGAGAAUUUCACGGAACUCUGUGAUGCUGUGCUGGGAGUUGUGCCCGGCCUCCGGGUCAAGCACGACAAAACCAGCCACCUCUUCACGACACAACCCUUAAAGGUUUCCUAAGAAGGGUCCCUGUCACUGGAUGCUUGGGGAACGCUCGGUCUUGGACUGAUAGGACUGGAAAGAUCAUAUGAUUCUCCUCCAUCCCUGCUUCCUUCUGGCCUUUAACCUUGCCGUUCCCAAAUGUCAGUUAGCCAUGGUGUGCCUUUCUUUUCCAAAUUGGAAUUAGCAGAUCUAGGAAUAGAAAGGGGCACACAGCCUUCUGACGAUUGCCUACGAAAUGCCAGUGUGAAAUUGUUCAUUAAACCUUUGGACUUUGGGCUUUUUAUCCUCCUUGGAAUGAGGCGUCCAGAGCUGGACUUCAAGCGAUGCUACAGAAGGAACCGUUUUAUAAUAAAUGGAAGCAUGUCACCGA